UCAGCAAAACGACAGAAGUUUCACCUAAAUCGCUUUGAGAUGGAUCUCGCAACUAUUAAUGAACAGUCCCUUUUAGCUUUCAAACCAACCAAGUCCCUCAAAGAAUUAGGGACUGAACGAAAAUAUCCUGUAUGCAAAAUUAAGAAAGUGCCCACUAAGUAUGGAGAUGGGUUGGUAGCGGAGCUAGAGGACUGCCAGGUGUUUCUACCCAAGAGACUGCUGGUGCAAUUGGAGGAUCAUCUGGACGAUUUUAAGGAUAAACGAUACGGCCUCAUCAGUCUCGGUGAGAAAACCAUUGAAACAGAGAAGAAAACCAUUUUGUUAGAAUUCGUAAAUAAUAUUUAA